AUCUUCGAGAAUAAUAAAAUAUGCACUCAAAUCCUUUAUCAUUCAAUCUUCAAAACUUCAAACCCACAUACCAAAAUCUUUAAACCAUUUUUUCCUUUCCCUUCUCCACAAAUAUGUAGAACUUGCUUAAUAAGAGAAAUUUUUGGAAGUAUAAUUAAGUAAAUUGUGCUGACAUACAAUCCAAUUAACUUCUACUCAAGAUGAAUCAGUGUGUACCUAGCUGGGAUCUUGACGGUAAUCCCACCAAUCCAAGGUUGGAUUAUGAAGUUGCAGAGCUGACAUGGGAAAAUGGGCAGCUAGCCAUGCAUGGUUUAGGCCCUCCUCGUGCGCCUAACAAACCAGUGGCUGCAUCGGCCGGUUCGAACAAAUACACGUGGGAUAAGCUACACGCAGGUGGCACUCUCGAAUCAAUAGUCGACCAAGCUACGCGCCAACCUUCAGAGGGCAAAGCCGCCGUGAACGGUGGUGGAGAUGAGCUGGUGCCUUGGUUUGAUCACCACCGCAAUAUGGUCAACCCUGAUGCCACUGCCACCAUGACAAUGGAUGCUUUGGUGCCAUGCACCAAUAUUAGCAGCCAAGAACCCUCCGCGCAAGUGCUGGAUUCCGUGUCGGGGAUUGGCUCGUGCGUGAUGGGAUGCUCCACCCAUGUGGGGUCCUGCAGCGGCGCCAACGCCGCCAUGUUGGCACGUGUGGGAAGGGAGAGCGCACUAGACUGGAGUAGUAAAGCGGAUCAGAGUUUGAGCGGGAGAGACAGCCAUCAGCUGACAUUUGAUACGUGCGACCUGGAAUUGGGUUCGCCGGAAAACACCAGCUCCGCCAGAGAUUGGGCCAAGACCGGCGAGGACGACGAUUCUGUUUGUCACUGUGGAUCCGAGAGAGAGACUGGCAAUGGGGAGGAUAAGAUUCAUAAGAAGAAAGGAAAAGGAAAAUCCUCAACUUCAACGAAAAGGAGUAGGGCAGCUGCUAUUCACAACCUGUCUGAACGUAAAAGAAGAGACAAGAUUAAUCAGAAGAUGAAGACAUUGCAGAAGUUGGUCCCAAAUUCCAACAAGACUGAUAAAGCCUCAAUGUUGGAUGAAGUAAUCGAGUAUCUCAAACAACUGCAAGCACAAGUUCAGAUGAUUAACAGAAUGAAUAAUAUGUCAUCUCUGCUGAUGCCAUUGGCCAUGCAACAACAGCUUCAAAUGUCGUCGAUGAUGGGUCCAAUGGCUGGAAUAGGAAUGGCGGCUAUGGCCGGGAUUGGAAUGGGAGUAAUGGAUUUAAAUACAAUUAGCCGUGCCGGAAUUCCUCCCUUUCUUCAUCCAGGGGCAGCGCCACCCUUUAUGCCGCAUACAGCCUCAUGGGAUAUUAAUCCCGGGGAUCGUUUGUCCAUUCCAGCUUCUGUAAUACCUACGGACUCCCUAUAUGCACACCUUGCUUGCCAGUCACAGCCAAUGACCAUGGAAGCUUAUAGUAGGAUGGCAGCAUCGUAUCAGCAGUUUCAACACCCCCCUGCUUCUGGUUCAAAAACCUAACUAUCAUACUACAAUCUAUUGCUAUAUUAUGCAAAUGAUGUGAUAUUGGAGAAGCAAACGAUGAAAGCUAAUAUAGAUUGGUCACAAUUUGAUGUGAUUAAAUAAGAGAGACGUGUGAUCAAUUUUGUAAGUGGUUGUGUAUGAUUUUGGUUAGAUCAAUUUAUCAAAUAUGUCAUUUCGAAUUGUAAUACUUGAAUUCAUUGUCCUUCUUAGGCAGGAAAGGAGAGUUUGCUCAAAUUCACCAAGGUCUAGAAUGUUUUUGUCUUUUUCCGUAAUGUAAGAACUUUAAAUAAAGACGAUAUAUUUAUCAUACAAUAAACUGUAGAGUUAGUAUUAAUAAUCA